AUGCACUAUCCAGAUUUUAGCAGCUUCACUAUUGACGGAGGAAAGGUGAACAUCAACGUUCAGUCGUCGCUCUACGACUCUCGCAAAAAGAUUCUGUACAUUUCUUCGGCGAAAUUGAUAGACAUGUCAAAAGGAGGCACAAUAACGCUUUCGUGGAAGAACGCAAAAGAUGCAACGAAUGAUAAAAGAAGCAGAGGAAAAGAAACAGAGGAGGACACGCGGAAGGAAUCGAAGAAACGUGACUCGGAGAUAUUGGAAGUUCUCUCGCUGUCCAAUCAAACGAGCGAAGGAGGUGGCGCUGGACUCUUACCGGAACUUUUGAAGAUGAAAUGGAAGAGGAUCGAAUUUAUAGAUGAAAAGAACGAGAAGAAGAUUUACAAUUUCUACGUCUAG